GUGGAUUUGAUCUUCACGUGGGGCGAAAAGCUAUGCACUGCAAAAGUAUCGUACUCGUAGUAAUUGCAAUGAUGCAUUACAAAUCUUUCUCUGAAGCAAAACCCGCAUUACAAAUUUCAUUUUUCAUGCUGAAACAGCCUAGGGCCAACACGAAACAGCCUACAUCUGUCCGAAACAGCCUAGGGCCAACACGAGCCAUACAUCUGUCCGAAACAGCCUAGGGCCAAGACGACGCCGUGAGGACGACCACAGGGGGUCCGUCUCAAUGAUGAUGAUGAUGAUGCUGAGGAAACUUGUAAUGCAUUUCUACGAAUGAUAAUGCGAUACUUUUGCAGUGCAUAAAAGCUCCCCGACCACUUGGCCGAGAAGUUUCGGGGUGUGUGUGCGAUCCGCGAACUGCUGAUCGCGACGGAGUAUUGGCUGUGUCUGUACCGGGACCCGUUUGAUGAGAUGCCCCUUGCAAGUACUGAAACGGGACAACUACAGUCGCAAGGCAGCACAUCAGCCCUUCGCUUCGUCCCAUCGCUGAACCUAGGUGUGAAAGUCGU